CGGCGCCUCGGGCCCCAGCCAUGGCGAAGCAGUACGAUGUGCUGUUCCGGCUGCUGCUGAUCGGGGACUCCGGGGUGGGCAAGACUUGCCUGCUGUGCCGCUUCACUGACAACGAGUUCCACUCCUCGCACAUCUCCACCAUCGGUGUCGACUUUAAGAUGAAGACCAUAGAGGUAGAUGGCAUCAAAGUGCGGAUACAGAUUUGGGACACAGCUGGGCAGGAGAGAUAUCAGACCAUCACAAAGCAGUACUAUCGACGGGCCCAGGGAAUAUUUUUAGUCUACGACAUUAGCAGCGAGCGCUCUUACCAGCACAUCAUGAAGUGGGUCAGUGAUGUGGAUGAGUAUGCACCAGAAGGUGUCCAGAAGAUCCUUAUAGGGAAUAAGGCCGAUGAAGAGCAGAAACGGCAGGUGGGAAGAGAGCAAGGGCAGCAGCUGGCUAAGGAGUAUGGCAUGGACUUCUAUGAAACAAGUGCCUGCACCAACCUCAACAUUAAAGAGUCUUUCACGCGUCUGACGGAGCUGGUGCUGCAGGCCCAUAGGAAGGAACUGGAUGGUGUCCGGACACGUGCCAGCAAUGAGAUGGCACUGGCAGAGCUCGAGGAGGAUGAGAGCAAACCUGAGGGCCCAGCGAACUCUUCAAAAACCUGCUGGUGCUGAGGGUCCUGCAUGGAGCACCCACACUAUCCCCCCUCCCCUCAGGAGGCCUGCGGGCAGACAGGGAGUCUGGGCUUUGCCUUGCUUCUCCUCUCAUUUGGGUGACCCUGUGGAAUAUCAGUAGCUGCUACUCCCCCUGCCUGGCCCCGCAAGCAGCUCCGCUGUCAUCUCUGAGCAGCCUCUGCCCCCAGCCCUUCACCUGGAGUGGUAUCCUUCAGCCCGUUUCCCCAGCCGCAGGCCUGCUAUGAGCCCCAGAUGUGCUACAAGUACUGUCUCACCGCCCCAAGCUCCCCGGACAAUGGCCCAGUCAGAGUCAAGGCCACUUUAGGCUUUUUCUCAGUGCAUCUUUCCUCCUGUUCACUUUUCCUCUCUUCUUCCCGCUUCUCUUUCUCUGCCCCUUUCCCCUCCAGUAUGUUUUGCAUCAAAGCCCCUCACAUCCCUUUCCCUGUGUGUCCGGCUGUGUGGCUGCUGGUGGAGCUGCUUUCUUCCUGUUCUUCCCAACCCUGUCCAAGGGAAUGGACGCAGGCUCAUGAGGAUGUUCCGUCUCUGCUCCUGGGAGAACCCUCACCCUGCUUUGCGGGUGGGCCGAAGGCUAUGGGGUGCUUCUUCCCAUCCUCUCCUCCUGACCAUCCCUUCCUGUGCCAUGGGCCUGCCUCACCAAUGAUCUGGGAAAGUGAGACAUCAAGGUAGGAAGGAAACACUGAAGAGCUCCUUAGCCUGGGGCUGUCCUACCUCUCCGUGCCUCCUCCUCCCCAUACCCCAGCUUUGGCCUUGCUUGGCUGCCUGCCCACCUGCCUCUUGGGGGAACUGAGCUCAGAGGCAGGUGCUUCAGAGAAGAAAAAAAAUGAGGGGUGGCGGGGAUAAAAAGCCACCUCCAUUUUCUACCUCCCACGCCGCGUGUACACAAUUUCUUCCCAUCUGGGCUCCUGAAUUUAAAAACAUGGGCCAAGACUGGAGGGCACUGCAGGGGCAAGGAGAGCCCCGGGGGAGUGACAGUGACAAGCCAACCACCCACUCCAGAAGGGAGAGCAUUUGGAAAUAAAAGACUGGCUUCUAAGUAUCCGGUUAAGAGGAGGGAGAGCAGGCCAGCAAACCAGAGGGGAGUGUGGCAGCCUCGGGGCUUCCUGGGCUCCGCCUUCCAUUUCUUGUGUGAGAAGAGCAUUCCACAACUUCCUGGCAAGUGAGAGGUAACAAAACCAGGUGGGCCUUCACUGAACCCAGCUUUCAGCUCUCAAAGUUCUCCUGAGACCCAAAGUUUGUGGGAGAAGAGUCGGGGCUUCGUGGGAAGAAUGAAAGCAGGCCCUGGGUAGAAAUGCUUUGUUGGUCUCAUCAGCCUUCAAGACAAAGUGCUCAUCUUGUCCCUCUAGCUCCUGAGGUGGAGGCUCGAGGGUUUGUUUGCCAACCACACUGUGGCUACAGGUGGAGGGAAGAGGCUCCUUCCUCCAGAGCUCCUUGUUCAGCAAGAAGUUUCUUUAACCCCAUAUGGUCCAAGAGUAGCUUGAAGGAGGCCCUUUAAGGAAGGGACAAGCCAGUUACCAGCCCUAGUAGGGCUCCCCCCACCCCACCUUCCGCUACAUAUUAGCCACAUUGCAUGGCUGGGGCUAGAGCUAAAACAAAGAACUGGGCAUUAAGCAUUCACCAGCUAAGGACCAAAAUCCAGGGCACACACAUGAAGGAUUGAGAGCCCCACUUCCUUACUCCUCCAAAAAGGGCAGGGGUUGUAAUCGCCAAACCUUUCCUCCAGACUCUUACUAAACCAGAAUAUAGCAGGAGAGGGUGGCUCAAGAUGUAGGAAUGGGGGUUAGGUUAGCAUAGCAAAGGGAAAAGGAAGGCAGGAAUAGUUAUAAGGCAUUGGCUAAUGAGAAAUUUAGAGAGCUGACUCUAGGAGGAAGUCAUGAUUAUGGCUAGGGAUGCUUCCUUGAGGACCAGCUCCUCAAGUGUCAGAACACAUGCAGCAUCACACUGGGGGACGGGAGGUCGGUGAUGCCAACCCUCAAGUGCGCUCAGCUGGGACUUCAGAACGGGCAAGUUAUAUCUGCAUUGGCUCCAACUUUUGGGUCAGUAUUGCAGCUUUCCCUGAAGAUCAGGCCGAGCCUUUCUCUCCUAGCCCUCUCAGGACAGAGGGGCUCUGUUUUUACUGUACCCUAGGGGUUCUGGAAGGGAAAACAUGGGGGCAAAUUCUAUGGCCUGAUUGGCUCCAUCCACAAGGCCACAACUGGAACAGGAGGAGGGUUGGGAUGUUAGGGUACAGUUAUUCUUUACAGGUACCAGAGUCAGCCUCUUACCCCUAAAUUUCCCCAGUCCAGGAGGUGGCUUGGGAUCUGGCAUUAGGCCCAGACUGUUGAACAGGCGCUCCUGCCUGUUUACUCCUCACCACCUCUGCAUCUGCUGUCCUGAGACUCAGCCCAGCCCCGGGCACCCCUAACUGCUCCUGAGCCCCCACCUUCUCCCUGUGACGGGUGAACUUUGUGUACUGUGUCUCGGGUCCAGUAUAUGAAUUGUGAGCAGGGUUCAUCUAUUUUAAACACAAAUGUUUACAAAAUAAAGAAUAUUUCAAACCACA